AUGAGGAGGAGUGGUGGGAGAAAGAGAAGGCUGCAUUUCAGCAAGAUCUAUUCUUUCAGCUGUGGAAGAGCUUCUUUGAAGGAGGAGCAUUCACAGAUUGGAGGGCCAGGAUUUUCCAGAGUGGUUUUCUGCAACGAACCGGAUUCGUUUGAGGCCGGGAUUCGAAAUUAUGCAGAUAAUUAUGUCAGCACUACAAAGUAUACAGUUGCUACAUUCUUGCCCAAGUCUUUGUUUGAGCAAUUCAGGAGGGUAGCUAACUUCUACUUCUUGGUCACUGGAAUCUUGGCCUUUACUCCUCUGGCUCCAUAUUCAGCUGUCAGUGCUAUUAUUCCUCUGAUCAUCGUUAUUGGCGCGACGAUGACCAAGGAGGGGAUCGAAGAUUGGCGUCGAAAACAGCAGGAUAUUGAAGUGAACAAUAGAAAGGUUAAAGUGCACAAGGGUAGUGGCGAGUUUGAUUAUACUGAAUGGAAGAAUCUGAGAGUGGGAGAUAUAGUGAGAGUGGAAAAGGAUGAAUUCUUUCCAACAGAUCUCCUGUUACUUUCGUCUAGUUAUGAAGAUGCAAUCUGCUAUGUUGAGACAAUGAACCUGGAUGGGGAGACAAACUUAAAGUUGAAACAAGCAUUGGAUGUAACUUCAUCGUUACAGGAGGACACCAGCAUCAGCGAUUUUCAUGCCAUGGUGAAAUGUGAGGACCCAAAUGCAAAUUUGUACUCCUUUGUCGGAACUAUGGAUUUUGAAAAGCAGCAGUAUCCCCUCUCUCCUCAACAGCUUCUUCUCAGAGACUCUAAACUCCGAAAUACAGACUACAUAUACGGAGUGGUUAUCUUCACCGGUGUUGAUACAAAGGUUAUUCAAAACUCUACUCCCCCUCCUUCAAAAAGAAGCAGAGUUGAGAAGAAGAUGGAUAAAAUCAUCUACCUCUUGUUUGGUGUUUUAUUUACUUUGUCAUCGGUUGGAUCCAUUUUCUUUGGCAUUAAAACCAAAGAUGACUUAAACAAUGGGAUCAUGAAAAGGUGGUAUCUGAAGCCAGAUGAUUCUACAGUUUUCUAUGAUCCCAAAAAAGCUCCUAUUGCAGCACUUUAUCACUUCCUGACUGCUCUGAUGUUAUAUAGCUACCUCAUCCCUAUCUCCUUGUAUGUGUCAAUAGAGAUUGUUAAAGUUCUUCAGAGCGUGUUCAUCAAUCAAGAUAUUCACAUGUACUAUGAAGAAACUGAUAAACCAGCACAUGCUCGUACCUCAAACUUGAAUGAAGAACUUGGCCAAGUAGACACAAUUCUUUCGGACAAAACCGGAACUUUGACAUGCAACUCAAUGGAGUUUAUCAAAUGUUCAGUGGCUGGAACAGCUUAUGGCCGUGGUUUUACAGAGGUCGAGAGGUCUAUGGGCAGGAGAAAUGGUUCACCAGUUCAUGAAGCUCUAAUAGGGAAGGAUGACACGGCACCCAUUAAAGGCUUUAAUUUUAAAGAUGAAAGGAUCAUGUUUGGAAAUUGGGUUAAUGAGCCUCAUGGAGAUCUCAUCCAGAAAUUUUUCCGCUUAUUAGCAGUCUGCCAUACUGCCAUUCCAGAAGUUGAUGAAGUAACUGGGAAGGUUAUGUACGAGGCUGAGUCUCCUGAUGAAGCAGCAUUUGUGAUUGCAGCAAGAGAAGUUGGUUUCGAAUUCUAUAAAAGGACGCAAACAAGCAUAUCAGUGAGAGAGUUGGACAGAGCCUCAGGACAGCAAGUUGAUAGGUUGUACACUCUUCUGAAUGUGUUAGAGUUCAACAGCACAAGGAAGCGGAUGUCUGUGAUUGUAAGAAAUGAGGAAGGAAAAGUAUUAUUGCUCUGUAAAGGUGCAGACAAUGUCAUGUUUGAAAGGCUUGCCAAAAAUGGUAGGGAGUUCGAAGAAGAGACCAAGGAGCAUUUAAAUGGGUAUGCUGACGCAGGGCUGAGGACUUUGAUUCUUGCCUAUCGUGAACUUCAGGAAGAUGAAUACACAGAGUUUAAUGCAAAAUUGAUCAAGGCCAAGAACUCAAUUAGUGCAGACCGUGAAGCAUUGAUUGAUGAAGUAACAGAUAAUGUUGAGAAAGAUCUAAUUCUUCUUGGUGCAACAGCUGUUGAGGACAAACUUCAAAAUGGGGUUCCCGAUUGCAUUGACAAGCUUGCCCAAGCAGGAAUCAAGAUUUGGGUUUUGACUGGAGACAAGAUGGAAACUGCCAUCAACAUUGGGUUUGCCUGUAGCUUACUUAGACAAGGAAUGACGCAGAUUAUGAUAAAUUUGGAGUCUCCAGAAAUUAAGGUGCUGGAAAAGGAAGGAGAUAAGGAUGCCAUCACCAAGGCAUCAAGAGCAAGAGUCCUCCAUCACAUAGAUAAGGGAAAGGCUCAACUUACAGCAUCAAGUGGGGGCUCCGAGGCAUUUGCGCUGAUCAUUGAUGGAAAGUCUCUUGCGUAUGCUCUCGAGGAUGAUAUAAAGUCGUUGUUUCUAGAGCUUGCAAUGGGCUGUGCAUCUGUUAUUUGUUGCCGUUCAUCACCAAAACAGAAAGCACUGGUCACUAGACUGGUCAAAUCUGGAACUGGUAAAACAACUCUUGCAAUUGGUGAUGGUGCCAAUGAUGUGGGAAUGCUCCAAGAAGCAGAUAUUGGGAUUGGAAUUAGUGGUGUCGAAGGAAUGCAGGCGGUCAUGUCAAGUGAUAUUGCAAUAGCACAAUUUCGUUAUUUGGAGCGCCUGCUGCUUGUUCAUGGACAUUGGUGUUACAGAAGGAUCUCAUCAAUGAUAUGCUACUUCUUCUACAAGAACAUCACAUUUGGUUUAGCUGUGUUCCUAUAUGAGGCAUCCACAACCUUCUCUGGACAACCUGUAUACAAUGACUGGUUUUUGUCACUGUAUAAUGUAUUCUUCUCAUCACUUCCGGUGGUUGCCAUGGGAGUUUUCGACCAGGAUGUUUCUGCACGAUUUUGUCUCAAGUUUCCUCUACUAUACCAAGAAGGAGUGCAAAAUGUUCUAUUCAGCUGGCGUAGAAUAAUUGGUUGGAUGUUGAAUGGACUAAUAAGCGCUGUGAUCAUCUUCUUUUUCUGCAUGAAAGCGCUACAACCAUGUGCCUUCAAUCCAGAUGGAAAAACUGCUGGGAAGGACAUUCUAGGAGCAAUAAUGUACACAUGCACCGUUUGGGUUGUGAACUUGCAGAUGGCACUUGCAAUAAGUUACUUCACCUUGAUACAACAUCUUUUCAUCUGGGGUUCCAUUACUCUCUGGUAUCUGUUUAUGUUAGCAUAUGGAGCCAUGUCACCCACACUCUCUACCAAUGCUUACAAAGUCUUCGUGGAAACCCUUGCCCCCACCCCUUCUUUCUGGCUUAUCACAUUGCUUGUGCCAAUCUCAGCUCUACUUCCAUAUUUUACAUACUCAUCACUUCGGAUGCGGUUCUUUCCUUUGUACCAUAAAAUGAUACAAUGGAUUAGGUACGAGGGACAGUCAAAUGAUCCCGAGUUUUGUGAUAUGGUUCGGCAGAGAUCUUUGAGGCCAACAACCGUCGGUUUCACAGCACGGUUAGCAGCUAGGACGACCAACAAACUAAGAAGAUAGCAAUGAUAGCCAUAGAAUUGUGUUUGGAUUAGUUAGGUCUCAGAGUAUACACACCUCAUGAAUCUCUGCCAAUUUUCGGGGUCCUGCACUUGUAUAUGUUUGGGUUGCAUAUAUAAAAGAUACGAGAUUUUUUUGUGUCUAAUUGUUCUAGGAGUAGACCCUGUAGUGUGCAUAUACUUAGCUAUGUACAGAAGCAGCAGUAUUUAGCAGUAAAUACAUUAGAGGGGUAGGCUCUUUACUCUUUAGAGAAUGUAAAGUUGUAUAAGCUAAGUGAAACUGUGAAAGUACUCAUUGUAGAUUUCAAUAAAUGAGCUCUCUUGAAUC